AUGAUUAAAGUUAUCUCUUGGAAUGUUAGGGGCUUAGGAAGUAGAACAAAGAAAAAGGCUUUGAAGAAAUUAAUUUCCAAACAGAUCCUGUCAAUGAUAUUUCUGCAAGAAACAAAAAACAGCCCACCCGAUUCCAGGUUUUUGAAAUAUCUAUGGAGCAGAGAUGCUUUUAAAGGAGAAUGGGUAGGUUCAAAUGGUAGAUCUGGAGGUUUGAUUUCCCUGUGGUCAGAACAAUUCUUCACCCUCGAAAGCUCCUUCAUCAACCACAGAUUCACACUCCUCCAAGAUACUAUCAAUGCUUUAAAUAUCCCCUGUAUCUUUGUCAACAUUUAUGCUCAUAAUGAUCCAGCUGAGAGGAACAACUUAUGGAAUGAAUUGAUUGAUGUUAAAAACUUGCUUAACCCUUCUAAUUUGUGGUGUAUUGGAGGUAACUUCAGCAUUAUCAAAUGCCUUGAGGAAAAUAGGGGUAUCUCAUACGACCUUGCUUCUAUGUCUUCCUUUGUCAACUUCAUCAACUCUAUGGACCUUGUUGAUCUCCAAUUAAAUGACGGCCUGUUCAGUUGGUCUGACAACAAAGAAAUCCCAACUAUGUGCAGACUAGAUCCCUUUUUGCUCAGUAGUGAUCUCCUCACCAAAUUCCCCACACUCCAUCAAAACGUGCUUCCCAAAUCUCUGUCUGACCACAACCCAAUCUGCUUAUCGGUUGAGGACAAGAACUGGGGCCUUAAGCCGUUUAGGCUUUUCUCACAUUGGAUGGGCGAUGCUCAGUUUCUUGAAAUGUUCAAUAAUUCUUGGCAAGCAACCACAGACUCUUCCAAGGCUCCCGGAAUUUUCAACCGCUUAAAAGCCCUCAAAUUUAUUGUUAAAAAUUGGCAGCAGGAUUAUGCCAAUAAAGACGCCCAAAGAAUUAGUUAA